UUGCGAGCCGCCACUUCGCAGAAAGACUGGAGCCAUAAUGAAGAGCCUCCCUGACGGCUACGCGUUUCCUGCCUGUCUGCUUCUCUGCCUUUGCGAGCCGCCACUUCGCAGGAAGACUGGAGCCAUCCGGCCCUUCCCGUGUCUUUGAACUUGGAGGCGAGGGACAAGUGGGUCAGCAAGGCGGAUGGCGUCCGGCUCCCCCUGCAGCCUGACGGACGACAACUGCCACUUGGCAACCAUCUGUUGCAGCUGGCAUAGAGCGCUUCCUCUCUUGCGCGGCUUGCCUCGUUUUCUGCGCCGAGUACCUUGUUUCCUGCGCGGGGUGCCUCCUUUUCUGCGCGGGGUGCCUCCUUUUCUGCGCGGGGUGCCUCGUUUUCUGCGCCGAGUGACUUGUUUCCUGCGCGGGGUGCCUCCUUUCCUGCGCGGGGUGCCUCGUUUUCUGCGCGGGGUGCCUCGUUUUCUGCGCCGAGUGACUUGUUUCCUGCGCGGGGUGCCUCCUUUUCUGCGCGGGGUGCCUCGUUUUCUGCGCCGAGUGCCUUGUUUCCUGCGCGGGGUGCCUCCUUUUCUGCGCGGGGUGCCUCGUUUUCUGCGCCGAGUGCCUUGUUUCCUGCACGGGGUGCCUCCUUUUCUGCGCGGCUUGCCUCGUUUUCUGCGCCGAGUGAGUCCCGAAAGAAGGCGGGGAUCUUCUCGCGGGUUUGAAAGGCGUCAAUACGAAGUACCGGGAGUAAGGCGAUAUGUCACGGGCGUGUUACCGUCGGUUUCGUCCUUCACUCGAACCGGGGUCUUGAUUCCCUCGAUCAAGUCCCGGAAGAAGCCGGGGAUCUUGUCGCGGGUUUCUACGAGGUCGUUUUCCGUUCCGUAGGUCUUCAGUAUGUCCUCCAGGGCUGCCCCGAAGUACGUGGGUUCUAAAGAAUGCGUUGGUAUCAGUCUC